AAUAUACACUUGUUUUAUUCUCCUUGACAAAUUGAUCAUAAAAUAACGUGUUAAGAACCAAUCAUGAUAAUCUACCGCUGUUAUCAACCGCUAAUUUUAUACCAAUUAUUAAUAUUCAUUGUGCAUGUGAUUAAGCUUUGGUCUUUCGUGAAAACCGUGCGUUAUUCAAAGUGAAGUUUUAUUCUAAAGCAAUUGUUUUGUAUUUAGUUGGAGAUAUUUAUCUGUAAUAUUAUUAUAUUUGUAAUAUUUAAUUAUACUGGCCACCAAAGUAUUUCGGGAAAAUGUCUACUUUUUGUGGUAAAUUAAAUGAAACCCAAUUGGAUUUUAUCGGCAUUGACCGUUUCACCUGCGAAUUGUUUGAUUGUUCAGUGUAUUUUCUAUCACACGCACACUCGGACCACAUGAUUGGCAUACAGAGUCCAGAGUUCCAAGAAAACUUCAAUAAUAGCAAAAACAAGGUCCUGUAUGCAUCUCCGUUAACGAUAACAUUUUUAAAACGCGACACACUAUUGAACCUGGACGAUCACAAGUUAAUACCGUUGACUGUCGGAUUUUCGCAUAAUCUUCAAGUAAAAUCUAAGCACUAUGAAAAUAUUUGUGUUACCCUGUUGCCGGCGAGACAUUGUCCAGGAUCUGUUAUGAUUUUAAUAGAAGUAGAUACGCAUCGUAUUUUGUAUACCGGAGAUUUUCGUGUUCAAUUGGAAGGUUUUAAAAAUUUCAAACCUAUUUUGGCCAAUAACAAUGAACGUUGUGUUGCAAAAAGAAUAACAUCAUUAUAUUUAGAUACUACAUUUGCAUCGGAGAUGUAUUUUGAAUUUCCGACGAGAAAUGACAGCUGUACUAUAUUAAUUAAUGCUAUAAAAGAAUGGUUGCAAAAAGAUGAGGAAAAUAAAAUAGUUUUAUUUAUGCCUGCAUACAUUGGUGUAGAGUUUGCCGUUAUAGAAGUAGCAAAGUAUUUUAAAGAGCCAAUUCAUGUGCACAAAAUAAAGUUUGAAAAAUUAUAUGGUUUGAUACCCGAGUUGAGUCAAUAUGUCACGCCAGAGGCGAAAAAUUUCAAAAUUCAUGCGUGUACUCGCAAUGAAAAUAGUAAAGAUGGAACCAAUUGUUGCUUGUCAAAAAAUCAAAAUAAUAUCAAGUACAUCCAACUGUCGGCGUUGGCUUUUACGAGCGAUGUUAUAAAAAAAAAUGGCUACGUAUUUGUCAAUAAAGAUUGUACCAGGGUGUGUUAUUCGAGCCACGCAAGCUGCAAGGAGCUACGGGAAAUAGUUAAAUUUUUAUCUCCCGAAAAAUUAUUCUUUAAUGUCAUUAAAAAACAAAGUAAACAAGAGAUUUUCGAUGUAUUAACUACAUACUGUAAAAAGUCAAAUGAUCCAAUCGACGAUGAAACAUUACAUACCACUUUGAAAUUACCUGACAAUUGGAAGUGGGCUUCAGAUUCAAAUUCUAGUGUUGAAUCUAACAAACGGAUGAGAUUUGAGUCACCGGAUAGAGACUAACCCAAUGUGUAUAAUAUUAUACUUAAUUUAUAUUAAUAAAUGUACUUGUAUAAUUAUUAUAAAGCCAAUUUUUAUAAUAGUGUUACCCAAAGCAGCAGUAAAUGUAUUUCUAUUAUUAAUAAAAUAUCCUUUUUUCUUGCACAAUAACUAUCUGCCCAUACUAUAUUCCCAACUAUAUUCCAAUAUUUUCCACAAACAUUGCUACAAAUGAACCUACUGCAAGAAUGUUGCGGAUUGCCAAUUUCAAAUAAUCUUUCUCUUUGUAUCAUUAUAUAUACUGACUUGUAAAUUUUCCCUUAUUUGUGAUAAUCAAUAUUUCAAAACUAUUUUUAUGUGUAUAUUAUACUAUU